AUGGCGGCACCACCCGGAAGAGAACGCCGAGUGGAGGCAGUCUACAGGCUGCUCCAAACUUGCCAGGAGGCCUCGACGUUUGCUGCUGCGGCGGAGCUGGUCACGAAUAUUCUGAACUGGGAGCCCCCUCUCGGCGAAAAAGGUGUCGAGGACAGCAUCCGGCUGGAGCUGAUUAAGAACCUGAUCGCCCCACCUAUCGAUCCAGUGGACCAAGUCGUAGACAAGGCACGACUGGAAGACCGAGCUCCUCAUGUCACACAGCGGCUGAUGACCUCGGUCGAAAUCCGCCGCAACGUGGAACUCAUGGCCGAUCCCAAGGCAAAUGCUGUGGAGACCUUCUUCAUGUAUCUUUCAUGUUCGCAGAGCCUCACAGUGACAAGAACCCUAGAGCUGCUGAUUCGGUUGGUUUCUCGAUCAACGAGCGAGAUUCGAAGGACAUGGGCCGAAGACAUGUGCCAGUCUCACCACUUCAAGCGCCUCAUGGAGAUGGUCAUGCAGCAAGGUGACCGGCGAGUGCGGGGCCUCUACGAGACAUUGUUGGGCUUUGUGCUGAAGCAAUGUGACCAGACUCGCCUCAUGGAGACAGUGACUUCCUACUCAGAGGAUGAAAUCUCCGCAGAAGAGCGCUUCUACAUCGGCAAGAUCCUUUACGGGUGCUUGUCCUGUGUGAAAUCCAUGCAGGAGACACGCCCUCUGCUGGCCCCCGCGCUGGCAGAUGCCAUGAAGCCAGAGCAUGCGCAGGGCGUGAGCCGCAUUCGAAAGCUGCAGAUCCAAGGGGCGCCUGGAAUUGCUGUGGAGUGCAUACCGCUUCCGCCGCUUGUUGGGAAUGUGAGAACGCAGGUCAAACUGUGGCAGCCGGACAAGGAACAGCUCUACCCUGUUUGCAAGAACCCCAACGAGAUCUACAUCUGGAUCUCGCACAGCGAGUCCGAGCUGGACCAGCCCGUGGAGCGUCGCGAGGUUCCUCCCUGCGUAGUGGUGAUGUGCCACACCCAGCCGAUGCCCAAACGCGGUGAGGAGAUGCGAGAGGAGGUGACCCAGCGCUACGAGGGAACCACGGCAGACAAGAUCCUGUGCAAGAGCCUAGACUUUGCAGACUCCAUCUACUACCAGGUGCAGUUCAUGGGUGGGCGAGCCAUCCAGCCGUUCGUGGAGCAAGAGGAUGCGGAGCUGCUGCAGGAUGAGCCACCCCGAGUCGUCCUGAAGCUCCUUUGCACCAACAUGGUUAUGAAGGACAUGACAGAGCAGAAGGUGAAGCUGAAUUGCAAUGCUGCCUUCGCCAUCAUUCCCAAUCGAAGCCAGACAGUUGCGGAGUUCAUUUUCAAGCAGGUGGAAGACAUUGAAGAAGAGCUGCUGCAGGAGCUGGCGCAGGCGAAAGGAGAGCAGGACACAGAAGAGGGCGCGAAUGACGAGGUCGCAGAAGGCAUGGCCCUGCCUGAAGAGAUGGUCAUCCUGCAGCAAGACCCGUCCAAGACCGUCAUGUACCAAGAAGAUGUCUUGCGCUGGGCACGCACUGCGCGGAUCGCCAGGAAGAGUCUUGAGGGUAUCGGCGAUGGAUCCGUUGUCAAUGGCGGACAGGACAUAGAUGCUUCUAAGGACGACAAUGCCGAGGCAGCAGCUGCUGCAGCCUUGCGGGGAUCCAGUUCCUAUGGACGCGUUGCUGAAAAGCUACGGCCAAUCCAACGAUUCUUUGCGCUAUGUCUGGUUGCCAUGACGAAGGCAAGCUUGUCACGCAUGUCCGAUGCCAGACAGCGGCUCAUUGAGCUAAUGGACUCUCUGGAUUCAUACACAGCACAGGCCAUUUGCGAGGCCAUUCUGGAGUUGCUGACGAUGCCGAAGAACAUCGGGUUAUUCUCCAAGAGCAGCAUCGACAAAACGCUGAUGAGCAUGGAGCAAACGUUCCAGCAGCCGGAGUCCGCCGAGAGAUCUCUGAUCGCUUUUGCAGACAUCCUUUGGAAGUACCUGAAGCCGGACUCGCGCCUCGCCGAGGAUGGCUUGAAGGCUUCUGUGCGGAUUGUGCGGCCUCUACUCGAGUUGCUCUCCCGACCUGACACGAGCAAGGAGCAGAAGUCGAAGAUCUUUACCAUCAUUCGACAAGGUAUGCGCUUUUCGAUCAUCUCCACCGAUACCUUCACCCAAGGGGUAAUGAGCAAGGGCACCGGCAGUGGCAAGGACAAGCACGGAGCAAGCACGAUGCACCAAGUCCUGCGCCCCAUGGACUCGAGCUUGGAGGCAGUGGGGCAAGAGGAUGCGCGCGACACUGGGGAGCUCUUCUUCGACUUGAACCUGUGCUUCAGUGCAGCAUCGGUCUUGAAGUACAUCUGCUGCACUACCAGCCCGGAGGAGCAUUCACAGCUCAUCCAGUUGGAGGUCGUGCCAAAGAUGAUGAGGAUCCUCAGCGUCAUCCGAGACUUCUUGCCAAGGUUUGCCAACUCGAAAGCCAACUUCAACUACGACAUCCCUGGCUUCUGCACGAACCCACAGACCAACACGCUGUACAAAUCAGUCUACCGCUUGCUGCCUUACACAGCGAGCACUCGCCUCUUCCGAGAAAUUUGCGGUUCUAUCUCAAACUGCUGCCAGUGUCUGUCCAAUCUGAUGCAGGACCAGUUUCCAACAACGAAUUGCAUCCCACUUAUCCAGAUGUUGGCGUUUGACGAGGGUGAUGGCCUGCGAGACUUGUAUGAUAUGUUGCGGAACGUGGAGGUUGACAUUGGAAUCAACGACCAGUCGCUUCUCGCGGAUCUGCAUCCUGACAUCACUCUGAUGGUGGAAUCUCUCCGAGCGAUCACGAUGAACUGCAACCGCAAAAUGCGAUCCAGGGUGCUCGAGGUGAUGUACACGGCCUUGCACCCAUACGGCCCCGUGCUACCGAAGAUCAACUCCAAGAAGCAGGACAUCAAGGAGCUGAACCAUGACUACCGGAUCCUCACCUACCUCAAGAACUCGGGGGCUGAAGCCGAUGAGAAGCGUGAGCACUUCUUCCUGCCAUCCCGGAGCGAAAGAGCAUUCUCGUUCUCAGUGUGGUCUCGAAUGGACAAGGGCAUCUCCACACAGAUUCGCAUCGAGUGGGACUGCUCGUCGUCCUCCGAGUCCACCCUGGACCUGAAGCGGAUGGUUGAACAGGGAAAGGACGUGCUUCCCAUCGAUGCUUCCUUUCGCAUCGUACGAAAGCAGCAGGACGACCACUUGCGCCUGCGGUAUGAGGAGGUGCGCGAAUUGAGGAACGCGAACAUGCAAAAGCGCCGCCGCGUGUGGAAUUGGACAGACAAAGGAGGUGCCGACAUGCCUCCAAGGCCUCUGAAGGACAUGAAAGAGCUCAAGGAGCAGAAAGGCUGGGCCUUCCUAUCGUUCAUCAUGGAGAUCGAGGAAGAAGACCGCAACAAGAGGGUCAGCUCCGAUAAGGCAGAGGACGCCAUCGAGGAAGCCGGGGGGCUAACAGAUGCAGCGGCUCGGGAGAAGGCUGCAGGUGACACACGGGCCGUGGCCCACCUGCAGGUCUUUUAUGGCCUUGCCAAGAGCGCCAAACCAGCUCGGCCCCGUGCGCUUGAAAUAUCCAAGCCGCAUUACGAGUAUCAGGUUCAGGACCAGAACAUCAUUGGUGCAAGCCACUUCACUUUGACGACCUCGUCCCUGGGGGAAGGUACACCGCUUGGAAAUGCAGCAGCCGGUGCCACAUCGUCUGCGGCUGGAAACCAAAGUUUCAAUGGCUCUUCACCACGUGCUGCAACUUCUGCACGCAGCCGACCAGAGUCUGUCGCUGGCAGCAUCAAAGGCACAGAAGUCUCGCAGGCGGUCUCUGCUGCCACCUCCAAUAAUGUGACAAAGGGUUUGAACAACCAGACGGCCCCGCCGCUACUUGACGAAGACUUCGUGAGAAUCCAACUGGAGUCGUUCUUGCCCCUGCUCAUGCCCUUCAAGACAAACAGCGCUGCCAACGCCGGUCUUCUGACAAUCUCGCCGUACGAGGUGAACACUCCUGAGCGCCGAGAAGCAGCAAGACGAGCCAUCAUGAUGCCGGACGUCUUCCUUUCACGGGACCUGGUGCCUGAGCUGGUGCCUUGCUGCCAGGUUGCGACCACGACAGAUUUGUUGAGUACGCUCUCAGCUCACACCCUGUACCUGCUCACUAUGGCCUUUGCACGGCCCGAGCCAGCAGACUCUGCGGAGGAGGCAGACUGCACGAUCAAGCUUGGCCAGUUCCAGCAAGUCUUGGAGCAGUUCCGAAAGAGAUGCACAAAUGGCACGGCCGAGGAGAACUUGGGAGGAAUCAGAGUCAUCGUGGAUGUUCUGUGGAAGCUGUUCACACGCAGGAGGACUGUGGUGAGCGAGGAGGAGUACAAGGAGUUUGCGCAAAACAAAGACAGCCUGCAAAAGGACCCCUACUAUUGGGUCAAGUUUGUCCAGCGCAUCCUGGAGUUGUUGACGGACCUGUGCAUUGGCCCUGACGGCAGCGCCAUCAACGAGAUCCAGGAUUUCAUUACCCGGGAGCUGAUACAGACAAGUGAGGCUAUAAGCAUCCGACGCCGACCCGCACCCGAGUGCUGGGACAAUGUUUGGGCGAAGACGCGUAUCACUGUGGAUGAUCACUUGCAAGCCCGGGCAGAGAUCGAGAGGAGAUCCGGAUUUGUGGGUAGCGGCAAGGGCCUGCGGCAGCUGAUGAGCCAGAAGGAUGAGUUCACGCUGCUGAAGCUCGGCACCUCCAUCUUCUUCGACAACUUCGAGAGUGCUUUGGAGGAGGUACAAGCGCCUGAAGCCGAAGACGAGGAGGACUUGGCACAGCAGGUGCGGAACAUGGUGCCGAGGGUUCUGUGGAUGCAGCAGCGGGCGCAGCCACCUCGCUAUGAGGGGCGCGGCUACUUCCGGGAUGACUUGGAGUUUCACCAGCCGAACCAGAUGAUCCAGCCAUGCCGCUUUCUAUACUUCGCGCUCGUGAAUCUGCUCGCCCACCUGACAGCCGAUCGCAAUAUGGACAACUCACAGCUCCUGCAGGGAGUUAUUCCACCAAGUGUUGUGCGUGGCCAACUGAUCCAACGAGAGGUGUUGCGAAAUGCUGGCCUGGUCUUUUGCCCAUCGCACCUUGCAGAGCGACGACGUCAGCAAGGUCAGAUCAACGAGAGCCGGGAUGCUGCGGAUUUGAGUGAUCUUGCAGCGCUGUCCUCCCACACAGCCUUGCUUCUGCAUGCCUUCCUUGGUCAGCCCCCCUUCGCCGAUGAAUCCGUCCGAAGCUCCGUUAUCACACAGGUGUACUUGGAUGGGACCAGGGCAGAUGAUGAUGACAGCGCUUUCGAAGAGCUUCCCGGCGGCGGAUCAGCACCGCUGACACCCAUGGACCUCCAAAGGCUUUGCCACAUGUGCUCAUGGCAGUUCGCCUCGCUGGCGGAGCUGUGUCGCGACAUGGCCAGCCCAGGGCUGCCGCCACCACGCACGGACUUUUCGGAUUGCAUGGGUCAUCUGGUGAGCGUGCUCAGCAUGCUGCUUUCCAAGCUGAUAGGUUUGGGCUACUUCGAGCGCUUUCGCAUGGAGGCGGAGCAACGGCGGCAGGAAAGGCAGGAGCGAUUGGACAGGGGUCUCCAGAUCAACGACGACGACAGGGACGACGGUAGUGUGCAAAGCUACCAGAUUCGAUGGGUGACGGAACUGUUCAGCGCCAUGCACCGGUUGCUCCAAGUGCACAAGAGCCUGGCCACAGACUUGUACCUGGCGGCGCUGAAAGACCUUUGCCGCCUGCUGAACAUGUGCUGCUCUCUCUGCGUCAACACCCAUGUCACAUCAUUCAUGGAGACCUUCCGCGAAUUUCUGCCUCAGUCUGUCAAAGACAUGGCUCUUGGCAUUCAACGUCCUCCACACCUGCAGAGCAACAGCCUCGAGGCCAACCGCGGUAAGCACAUUUCUGUGGAAGCUAUUGAGGAGGUGCCGAGCUAUGUAGUGAUCGUUUCGGAUUUGGCGCAAGUUGCAUUGCCGUGGCAGCCACCGGAUUCGGGAGACCGGGCCUGCAGACAGGCGCUCUCCUCCUUCGUCCAAGUGCUGCUGGACUUCAUGGCCAUGAAUGACUCUGCUCUGGCGAUUGCGGCAGUCAUGCUGCUUUCGCGUCUCUGCAGGCGUCGGAAGGACUUCCUGGAGACGAUUCAGCGUCUACAGCUCCUUUAUGUUGGCGAUGAGCCCAAGUUCGAAGCGCUGGAACCCUGGGUACAGGAGGCCAACCGCCAGCUGGACUUGGUGCACAAAGUGGGCAAGGAUUUCGAGGAUGUGAUGGACUACGUCAGAGACUCGAACAUGGAGGUGUACACGAUUGGCUUUGCCGACAGCAUCGAAUGGAGCGAAGAUGACCUGGGAGACCGCAAGACUGUCGAAAAGCAGCCGCAAGAUUCGCGGACUAUCGAGUACACCGACAAGCAUCAGGCCAGCGGUGUUGUGGUCCGGCUGUCCCAGUCGAGCAUGGCGCUGAUCGAUGGCAAGGUAGUGAACGUCGACUUUUACAUCAAGUCUGUUUGUAAAACGGGCGAGGAGGAUGAGAACGAGGGAGAGGAUGCUUUGCUGGCACCCAUCUACGUGGGCGCCAUUUCCUCCAAGUAUGUGGGCGAGGAUAACCGGCUCACGGGUGACAGACGUGCCCAAGCUGCUGAGGGGUUCUUCGGCUGCGAUGAGUUUGGUCACCUCUACAUCAGUGGGCAUCGCAUAGAAGACAAGUUCGGCGGUUUCAAGAAGGGUAGCACCGUCGGUGUAGAGAUCGACUACUCCGACGAGGCUAAACGAGCCAUGUUCAUCGUCGUCGAUGGGUUCAGAGUGGGAGCCAUUCGAAGAGAAGUUGAUGAGGGAAUGGUGCCAUGCAUCAUCUUGAACGGUAUGGGGCAGGUAGUUCGAGUCAAUGUCGGGCGACCACGACGUGGAAAGGGUCUUCUUGUGAAGCGGGAGGACACUAUCCAGGAGGAGUGGCAGUCACUUUACAAAGACCACGCUGAGCCAGACACCACCGUGCUGCACCUCGUGUACCAAGUUGGCAAGGAGCCAGUGCAUUCUGCUUUCGGCAGCUUCCUGCCAACAU